AUGGGCAACACGGCGGACGUGAGCAACGACCAGACCACUCCCGGCAUGGCGGAGGCCCAGAAGCAAGCGAAGAAGGAUGCCAGCAGCAACGAGGCGGCGCCGGCCUACGCACCCACAACAACGGAGGAGAACAGCGUGCUGGCCGGCGAGGAUGGUGAAUUAAUCGACUACAAGACCCUGACGUGGUGGCAAGGUGGCAUCGUCCUGAUUGCUGAAACUGUGUCUCUCGGCAUUCUCUCCCUCCCCUCCGUGCUGGCAACGGUCGGCCUUGUCCCAGGCAUCGUCCUCAUUCUCGUCAUGAGCAUCCUGUCGACGUACUCUGGCCUCGUUCUGGCCGAGUUCCGCAGCGAGUACCCCUUCGUGCAAAACUUUGGCGACGCUGUCGAGGUCAUUGGAAAAUCCAUCGGCAUGGGCGCCGUAUUUCAGGAGGUUUUUGGCUGGGCGCAGGUUAUCUUUCAGGUCUUCGUCAUGGGUUCCCACCUGUUGACCUGGACUAUCUGCAUGAACACUCUUACCAACUCGUCCACCUGCACCAUUGUGUGGGCCGUCGUCGGCUUGGCUGUCUUUGCCGUGCUCAACUUCCCAAGAACGCUCAAGUACACGAGCUACAUGUCCAUGGCCUCGUGCUUGUCCAUCACCCUCGCCGUACUCAUGACCCUCGGUGACGUCGCCGUCAGCCGUCCCAUUGGCACUGGCAGCAUUGAAGUCGCCCGACAGCUUGGAUUCACCGGCGCAUUUUUGGCCGUGACCAACAUCGCCAUUGCUUUCUCGAGUCACUCCUGCUUCUUCAGCGUCAUCGGCGAGUUCAAGAAGCCCGAAGACUGGCCCAAGGCCCUGGCACUCCUCCAGAUCGCCGACACGACCCUGUACCUCUUGGCCGCCAUCGUCAUCUAUGUCUUCGUCGGCCCCGAUGUCCCCUCCCCCGCCCUCUCGGCCGCUGGCUCCAAAACGAUGCGUAAGGCCAUUUGGGGCAUCGCCAUCCCGACCAUUGUCAUCGCCGGCGUCAUUUACGGCCACGUCGCUGCCAAGUACAUCUUUUCGCGCAUGUUCCGCAACACCAAGCACAUGAUCCGCCGCACCAAAGUCUCGAGCAUUGCGUGGGUCAGCAUCGUCAUCGGCAUUUGGGCCAUCUCCAUGGUCAUCGCCGAGUCGAUCCCCGUCUUCAACAGUCUCCUCGGCCUCAUUUGCGCGCUCUUCGCCUCGUGGUUCUCCUACGGCCUGCCCGGCAUCUUCUGGUUAUGGAUGCACUACGGCAACUGGUUCAAGGAUGGCAAGCAGACCUGCAAGUUUGUGGCCAACGUGUGCCUAUUCCUGACCGGCUUCCUCAUCUGCGUGCUUGGUCUGUGGGCGUCUAUUGAAGCCAUUGCGACAGAGAAGGGCUCCAAGCCAUGGACAUGUGCGUCGAACGCCGCGCGGUAA